UGGCGGUGCCACAGCCUUUCCGAAGAUAAGGGGAAUAAAGAAGCCACCUCCCCAGCUGUCAUCCUCUGGUGGCAGAUUGAGCAAGAACCUUCUGAGCACUGCAGAGAAGACAACCCAUCAAGCCUCAGAUGACGAGCAGCCCUGUGGCCUGGUCAAGAAAAGGAAUAGGAUGAGUGACUGUCUUCAGAAAAGCAGCGCUGUGAAUGCUGCCUCAUCUUGGAAUCAAGUACAGCAUUCAAAGACUUCCUCAGGAAGAAGGCAAAGCAGAUCCCAAGAAGCCCAGGUCUCUUCCCAGCUGAGACGCAGCCUGCUUGGCAUCUCCCAGGCUGCAGCAGAUAGACUCGUGGAAACGGUGUCCAGUGAGGGAAGGCAGGAGCGGACUGCACUUGGCUCCCAGUAUCAGGCUGCUUCAGGAAGCAAGCUGUUCCUCGACUUUCAGUCCAUGAAGAUCAUUAAGGAAGGUGCUGAUGAGGACAGUGCUAGCGACCUGUCAGACUCAGAGAGAGUAGCCAUUCCUCCUUCUCCAUUCACGCCUCCAGACCUCAACCUUCGCGCGGAAGAGAUUGACCCAGUUUCCUUCGAUCUUCACCCAGACCCGGGCCGGGCGGAGCGUGAGCACGGCUACCCUGACUUUCUUCCGCCUCCUUUCAGCUCCUGGGACCUCCAGGAUAUGGCUGUCAUUCUGAACACAGAGUGCAGGAAUGACGCCCUGCCUCGGGCCACCGGAUUCCUUGGGAAGUAUAUAGACAGACUUCUUCAACUAGAAUGGAUGCAAAUCCAGACUGUGCAGUGUGAGAAGGCCCGAGCCUCCAAGGCCAGGCCCUCCGGUGCCUCUGGAGUGCUGAAAAGCCCUGGACGGGGAAAGCUCCUUACUGGAGCUCUGUCCAAACCCUUAUCUUCCCCAGAAGGGAUUUCAAAGCCAGGCCCUUCUCGAAAGAAAGGUUUUCAUCAUCACGAGGACGCUCACCCAUCUUACUAUGCGUUUGAGACUUUGCCUAGAUCUGUGGAUGGGCCUGGUCGCCCCAGGCUGUGUCCUCAGAACCAAGCCUCGGAACUGAGGACGGAAAAGAAGAAGAAACAAAGUAAAGGCCCCAAGCUUCAGCUUGGCGCUCCACCCUGCGCCGAGGGCAACCCUGCUAUGGAAGCCAGUGGUAACAUCAGACUCCCCAAGCAGUCUGCUGUGCUUCUGGACCCACUGGACUCCUGCAGGGCCUCCAGGGCACAAGCACACUUGGACCUGAAGAAAAAAGGGACUGCAGAUAACUGUGGCUUUGCCCCUUCAUCCGGUGAGAAAAAACUCAAAACAAAUGGAGCCAAACACAGCACAUGUAAGUUAAAGUGACCCGAGAGGUAAAGAAUUGUAAAGACCUGCAGCCGUCUGAAAAUGGGGACUCAUCCCAGAGGGAUGCUGAGCUUGACCGCAUUUGUAGUAACUGACUCAAGUAGCCAGCCGGCUCUCCAGUGACCCCGCCACCUCGACAGUUAUUUUCAGAGUAAGCCUCAGUAUGCUGUUCUCUGCGUAGACAGUCGUGAGCAUUGGAGGGUCCUGUAGGUAAAAAAAUGACCCCAAUGUGUCUAGGACACAAAAGAUUGAAACAGCAGUGCCAAGUGGCCAGCG